AUGCAAGGAUCAACUUCGCUCCCGGCUGCCCUUGGUAGCAGUAAAUGGAUCGCAAGCUUCCUCGCAAAGAACCGCAGCGACGAUGACAUCUAUGUCCGCACACAUUCACCUCGAUCUUCCCAGAAUGAAGUCAAGUUUCAGGGACUCUACCAGAAGGCCACAGCUGAACUACGCACCGUCUUCCGCAGCACAAAGUCUGACGACUCCGGCCUGCAUGCCGAGAAAGCUCUCAAAGAGAACCUCAAGAACACACCGAAACAACAGGAAAAGUCAACUUGGGCCAUCCUGUUUGACACAAAGUCUGGUAACAAACUUCACAAGCGUACCCGUUCCGCCCCUACCAACACCCACGUACCUCAUGUACUGGAGACUAUUGGCGAAGAGCAAGAGGAUCAAGAGUCUUCUGCCCUCAAGUCCUUGGUGAAGACUGCUCAGGAAAGCGAGCAAGACCCCAAGACUGUUACUGCCGCUCCCAAGAAUUCUGACGACCGCGUUUCUCACGAUGCGGAUAACGCUUCUAUUCAGACUACCUGCACUGUUAUUAUUCGACAGGCCACUUUCAAUGACGAAGAGGAAACUCGUGUCAACGCUGAAACCAAGCAAUCAUCGCCUUCUAAUGAUACCAGCAAGCCCAAAACCGUCAGCUUUGACAUCCCAUCCUCUCGACAACCCCGCAAGAAGGCACCCAGCAUCACUUCUUCCAUCUUCUCUUUCAUGGAAAAAGUUGUCAGACUCGGAAAGAGUUCGUCUAAGAAGUCUACCAAGCCUCAACUGGAGCCUCGAAUCGAACCUUCUGGUCACAAGAAAACUAUGGAUCGUCGUCCUAUUCUCAAGUGGAAUCUUCCUCAAGAAGACAACGCUAUGAACAAUCUGAUCAGAGACUUUUCCGGUCCCCUUACUCCUCCUGACAGCCUCGACAUCUCUACUCCUCCUCCCUCCAACGGACUAGGUCGAAGCAUCACCAACGUAUCUGCCUUUGACAAUUCUGUUGAGGACUUGAUUCCCAUGCCGGCCACGCGCCCAACCUGGGUACGACCUAUCUCUGAUAGCGAUUCUAUGCAAGACUUUGACGACGACAAAAUCCAUAAUCCUAGACUCCGACCAAAGCACAAACUUAUCCGCCAAAAGACAAAGGCAAACGAGGAUGACUCCACAAUCAUGAGCGAUGAAGAAGUCCACACUACCCCAGCCACCGAGACUGAAGAUCAAGCUUAUGAACGCCAUCAUGCCUGUAUCCAGCGAAUCAAAGAGAUGUACGACCUUCACGGUAUUGACCGAACUGGCAAGUUCCUUGAGUGGGAGCCCAAGCAGCGCGAAGCCGUUGAGCAGCGCCAGGUUCGUGAGAUGACUGAGGAUCUUGAACAACCUCCCCAUGAUAUCCAGACCGAGAAGGAUGAGAACGAACCUCAUCAUCACGAAGAAACCAUCUCUGAGAAGACUGCACACUCCCACGACGACACUCAGGAAGUACUGAACGUCAACAAGACACCUAACCAAGAACUCUCUACCCAAGAACCCUCUACCCAUGAACCCUCUACCCAUGAACCCUCUACCCAUGAGCCCCCUACCCACGAAUCCCCUAUCGAGGAGUCCUCCAACCAGAAGUCCUCCAGUCAGCAAGUUAUUGCCCCUGAUGCUACCGCUCCUGUCUCCAAUCAGGAAGUCACUUCACCAGACACUACUGUUGUCGUCUCUAACCAGGGCCCUCAAAAUGAGCAACCCGCCGAACACGAGCCUAACGCUGCCACUCUUACAAACGACACUGCCUCCACCUCUACCUGGGAGUAUAACGAGGACAUCCCACUUCCUCUUGGAGCACGUCUUACCAAGGCCGCUAUAGUAGAGCACCAAAAUGAGGAGCACUCUGCAUUUUUUAAGUCUCUCCAGAGAGUUCGAGAACAGAGCCCUGAUCGCCUGUGUGGUCGUGAAGGAUCGUUUAGUGUACGCGCCUGGCUUGACCAAACCUACGACAAUGAGAACGAGCUGUUAAAGGAAGACCCUCAGAUCAGUUUCUCCCACGAUGCCGUUUCCACUGUCGAAGAUGAGGAUGAGGACGAGGACGAUACCCUUCCCGGCUCUGGCCCCUAUCCUUCAAGUGACGAAAUUGAUGCUGCUUUGGCUCACCCCAAUGCACCCGCAAUUCUUGGCUCUGCACCCCAUGAAGCCAGGGAGAUCUUGGACAAAGAGAUCCGAUCUUACAACUUGGCCACAUUGAAGAAGGAGGAGCUUCAGGCUCAGGUCCAAUCGUCCCUUGCCCGCAACGAGAUUAUAGAGGACGAGCAUGAUCGCGCCGAUCGCGUGGCUUACCUGUUCCUUCAGAAACAGAAGAAGAAGGCCAUGGAAAAUGAAGCUGAUCCAUCAAAGGCAGCUGAGAUCCGUCGUGUCCGCAAGGUCUGUCGCGAGUUCGAACAGGCGCUUCAGGAAGUCCAGCGCCGUGCUGCCCUGGCCAACAAGGAGGCCAACGAUGCGAAGAUCUGUCUCCGAUACCUCGAUCGCUGCUACAAUGCGUUCGAGGAAGAUAUCCAUCGAUUAACGCAGCGCCUUGGGCACCAGCGUGCCAACAAUCUUGUCGACGCCGUGGAGCUCGUCAGACAGACCGAACGAGAGGAGAACAUCGAUUAUCGCGAUGUCGAACGGCUGGACCUGGCCGAACCUGAGAGUCCAGAUUCAUACGGUGCCACCGAGUUCAUGGCGCACGAGGCCCUGGCCGACAACAACGUCGGGCCUGAGGCAGAAGAUCCUACUGAUAUCUUCUUUUAA